AUGACCGAUCGUGAUGAUAUUAGUGAGAUUGUUGAAAUUGAUUUCGAAGUUGGACAUACAUCAACAAUUCGACCAGAACCAACAACUAAUCAUAAUCCACCACGUACUCAUGAUUGGAAAGUUUAUUUACGUUCAGCUGAUGUUCAUGGUGAUUUAAGUUGUUUAAUACAACGUUGUGUGUUUUAUCUUCAUCCAGAAUUUCCAAAUAAUAAGCGAGAAUUAAAAGCAACACCAUUUGCAAUACAAGAAUCAGGUUAUGCUGGUUUUCAUUUGCCAAUUGAAGUAUUUUUUAAAACAAAAAAAGAUCCGAAAAAAUUUCGUAUUGAAUAUGAUCUUGAUUUACAUACCAAUGCUGAAGGCCAUCCAAAUCGACAAAAAGAAAGUUAUGUACGAAAAUAUCGUUGUACAUUUCAUGAUCCUGAUCCAGAUUUUCGACAAAAAAUCUUAGCUGCUGGCGGGAAAAUAAAAGAUACUGGGACAGUAUCCACGAAUAAUAAUGAUAGUGAUGAAAGUGAUGCUGACGAAGAAUCAAUUCCACCACCAGCACCAGCACCACCACCGCCACCAUUACCUGAACCAAUUGUUCGUCAUUCUCCACCACAAAAACGACCAUUUUCACCGAUACCAACAGUAAAUCCAACUAAUAAUAAAAAAGUUAAACUUGAACAAUCAGUAAUUAAUCCAAAGAAAAAGCAACCACAACAGUCGAUAAUUAAGAAUGAAAAUUCGGUUAAAUUAACAGUGAAUCAUAUUACGAAAAAAACUUCAUUAACAUCAUCCAAUAAACAGUCAUCAUCACUUGUAGAAGAUAAAUUAACUAAAAAUUUGCCAAUAAAAGAUUCCAAUUUAAUAGUCAAUACUAAUGCAUCUUCUGAAGAUUCAUCUAUAACUAAAUCCCGUCCAUCAACAAAACUAAAACCUGAUCAUGAUAUAAAACCUUCAAUUAAUCAAAUAACUAAAAAAAAAGAGCCAGCACCGUCGCCAUCAAAAACUAAUACACAAAUUCCAUUAAAAAAACCAUUACAAAUGUUAACAACUAAACCUACUCAAAAAAUUCCUAUUAAAAUCGAACAAACAACAUCUACAGUUAAUAAAUCACCAUCAAAUGUUAAUAUUAAACGAGAAUCAUCCCCAAGCAUACCGUCUUCGAACAGUACAACUUCAACAAAUUUAAUCAGUACAUUGAAAAAAAUUCCGAAAAAAGUUGCACCACCCUUACCGCCACCACCACCUCCGCCAAUAACUGAAAAACGUGCACGUUCACCCAUGACUCCGCCACCAUCAAAUAGAAAUUCAGAUCGAGAUUUUCAUCGACAUCAGUCAUCAUCAUCUAAAAGUCAUUCAAAUUCCAAACGAGAUCGUUCUUCAACGAUAACAUCCACAACAGCAACAACAUCAACAACAAUAACAACAACUCCACCAUCAUCAUCUAUCAAUAAUUCUAGUAGUAGUCGAAGCAGCAGUAGUAGCAAUCGAUCAGGAAAACAUAGUGGAAGUAGUAGAGGUCGUUCUCGUUCACGAAGUCGAUCUCGAUCACGUUCACGUAAUCGUUCCAGUCAUCAAACACAUCAUAAUAAUCGAUCACAUCAUUCAUCUAAUUCAUCUCGACAUUCAUCACAACAAAAAGAUCGAUCAAAUCGUCAUAUAUCACCUCAUGUACAUCAAUCAUCUUCAUCAAAAUCUUCCUCAUCACAUCAUAAUAAUAAUCGUCGUACACCAACGCCAUCAAAAUCAACUCGAAGUCCUUCACGAUUAAUUCAAUCUCAUACAGAACCACCGACAUCUUUAAAUGAAUUAUCCGUACCAUUGUUAACAUCAUCUAUAAAUACACCACAAUCUCGUCCUGAAAGUGUUGAACCACCUGUUGUUGCUUCAACAGUUUGUUCACCUACACAUAUAUUUCAUAGUGAAGAUGAUCAUACUCAAACACCCAUGGAUAUUGAUGGACAAAGUGAUGAUGAUACAAAUAUUCAUCGUCAUAUACAACAUUCAGAUGAUCACGAUCAAAUUUCACCAUCAUCAUUAACAUUUAUACCAAAUGAUUCAACAAAAAUUUUAACAAAUAGAAAUUUUCAAUCGGAUCAUUCAUAUUCAUCAUUAGAUACAAAUGAAAGUAAUGAUGAUAGUAAUAUAUCAUUAAAUAAUGAUGAUGAUGAUGAUGAUUUACCAAGUGUAUUAACUGAUGAUGAUUUAAGAUCAAAAUUAAUUUAUAUUUAUAAUCGUUUUCAAUUAAAUACAACUAAUGAUUUAACAAUAUUUGUAACAUUUUUUAAACGACAUAAUUUAGUAGAUUCAUCAUCAAAAUCAACUAAUGGAAUGUUUACAUACGAUCUUUUUUCAUUAAAUCCAUUAUUAAUCGAUGAAUUAGCAAACGAUCUUGGAUAUUUAACAAAUUCUAUUAUUAAUCGAACAGAACAGUGA